AAAUUUAACGACAUUGCGAAGCAUUAGUUAUUGUUGUUAUGUAAUCUAUAGAGUUAUUCACUUGGAUUUAUCCUUAACCUAAAAAUGUGGGAAAAAAUCAUCUUUGACUGCGGUACUGUCUGUUGUGUGAUUCUAACCUAAAAAUUUAUCAUGGCUGAUACAGAUCAAGAUGUAACAGAUCGUGGUGAUGGUGAUAAUUUAAAAACCGACAAGCUAUUUACUUUGAAGAAAUGGAAUGCUGUGGCUAUGUGGAGUUGGGAUGUCGAAUGUGAUACAUGUGCUAUUUGUCGAGUUCAGGUUAUGGACGCGUGCUUACGAUGUCAGGCAGAAAGCAAGAAGGACUUUUACGGACGACAAGACUGCGUGGUCGUAUGGGGCGAGUGUAACCAUUCGUUUCAUUACUGUUGCAUGUCCUUGUGGGUGAAGCAGAACAAUCGUUGUCCAUUAUGUCAACAGGAAUGGUCCAUCCAAAGAAUGGGAAAAUAACGAUGCGAAUAGGACACCUAUAUUAUAUUUCAUCAUUAAACAUUUUGUUUUUUUCUUUUUAAAAUAAUACUAUGCCUCUCUUUUUCAUUUGUUUUCUUUGCCUACGCACCAUCUUUUGUCUAAUUUUUAUUUUUCGUUCAAUUAUCAAUAUUACUUGUAUAAAACUCCGGCGUCCAUCACAUUCUUUGAAUGUAAUUAUAUAGAUUUCGCAAAAUAUCAGUAA